AUGCGGAUCAAUACAUUGUCGCUGUUCUCCCUCGUGAGCCUGGUACCGACCCUUGCGGUGGCCAGCCUUUCUGGAUCUGUGGGACCGUUGACCUCGGCUUCCACCAAAGCCGCCACGAAGACUUGCAAUGUUCUCGACUAUGGAGCAAAGGCGGAUAAGUCAACCGAUCUCGGACCCCCUCUAGCAUCGGCGUUCGCCGAUUGCAAGUCGGGUGGUCUGGUUAAAAUUCCAUCGGGAGAUUAUGCGAUGAAAACCUGGGUCAAGCUAGCUAAUGGCAAAGCAUGGGCCCUGCAGCUCGACGGAACCAUUUACCGUACUGGUACGGAUGGCGGAAACAUGAUCAUGGUCGAACAUACUAGCGACUUUGAGCUCUUCAGUAGCACAUCGUCGGGUGCCAUGCAGGGCUUGGGAUAUGAGUUCCACAAAGACAACAAAUGGAGUGGACCUCGUCUUUUGCGACUUUGGGACGUUACAGAUUUCUCGGUUCAUGAUAUCAUUCUUGUUGAUGCGCCUACUUUCCACUUCUCCCUGGACACUACCACCAACGGCGAAGUGUACAACAUGGCAGUGCGCGGUGGUAACCAUGGCGGCUUGGAUGGCGUUGAUGUGUGGUCGACGAACAUCUGGAUCCAUGAUGUUGAGGUAACCAACAAAGACGAAUGUAUCACAGUUAAGAGCCCUUCUAAGAACAUCCUGAUUGAGAACAUCUACUGUAAUCGGAGCGGUGGAUGCGGCAUGGGCUCUCUUGGGAAGGAUACUGACAUCAGUGAUAUCACCUACCGGAACAUUUACACCUGGAAUUCGAACAACAUGAUGUUCAUCAAGAGUAACGGUGGUAGUGGCUCCGCGAAGAACCUGCUAUUUGAGAACUUCAUCGGCCAUGGUAAUGCCUACUCAUUCGAUAUUGAUAGUUACUGGACCAGCAUGCACUCUCAGGGAGGAGAGGGUGUCGAACUGAGCAAUGUCACUGUCCGAAACUGGAAGGGUACCGAGGCGAAUGGCGCUAACAGAGGACCUAUCAAAAUUGUCUGCCCGGAUAGUGCCCCUUGCUACGACAUCACCAUUGAGGACUUUGCCAUGUGGACUGAGGACAGCUCUAGGCCAAGACAGUGGUACUCUUGCCGUAAUGCUUAUGGCUCUGGAUUCUGCCUCAAGUCCGGCUCUAGCUAUACUGUCUAUGCAGCGACCACGAGCACCGUCUCCAGUGCCCCAUCUGGCUAUUCGGCAGCCACCAUGACUUCCGACCUCAAGACGGACUUUGGCAUUACAGCCUCUAUACCGAUCCCGACUAUCCCUACCACCUUCUACCCUGGAGCGACCCCGUACAGUGCUUUGAUGGCCAACAGCGGCUCAGGGGCUGCAAAGGUCCGGGCUGUUGUGGCUUCCUCGGAGCCGACAACGGUAGCUGAGGAGGCAACUUCUACCACAGCUGAGCGAGAGACGCCCACCAGCAGCCCAGUUCCUGCUGUCGCCACUGAGCUGGGUGCUUGCCCAUUCGGAAAUGACAUGUCAGCACCUACGGGUCCUCCCAGUGCUAGCCACCAUCACCAUCGGCGUCAUAGCCAUCACUAA